GGACACGUUGUCCACCGCUCCUCUCCCGAGGUCUGUAGUCGCGGAGAAACCCAUGUUGCGUUAUUAACGUUCAGAGGUCUGCGACAGCUUCGAUUUGAAUGACUAGCCGGGAACACCAAGUUUCACUGUGGAAUUGCGUCCUCCUACUCUGGCGCCUCCUUUGCGACGCUCCCUGGAGAAAAGCACGCCCACUGCACGCGGUCGGUCGCUACUUCCGCUCUCGAGUCUCUCCUAGCAAGAUGGCGGAGGACCCGCAGUCCGUGUUGCAGCUUCCUCCCUCAAGUGCUGCUGGAGGGGAAGGACUUACGGAGGUCUCCCCAGAAACAACCACCCCGGAGCCCCCGUCUUCCGCUGCAGUUUCCCCGGGAACAGAGGAACCUGCUGGCGACACCAAGAAAAAAAUUGACAUUUUGCUAAAGGCUGUGGGAGAUACUCCUAUUAUGAAAACAAAGAAGUGGGCAGUAGAGCGAACACGAACCAUCCAAGGACUCAUUGACUUCAUCAAAAAGUUUCUUAAACUCAUGGCCUCAGAACAGUUGUUUAUUUAUGUGAAUCAGUCCUUUGCUCCUUCCCCAGACCAAGAAGUUGGAACUCUCUAUGAGUGUUUUGGCAGUGAUGGUAAACUGGUUUUACAUUACUGCAAGUCUCAGGCAUGGGGAUGAACCACAAAGAAAAUCAACUUGCUACAUAAAAUGGAUUUUCACAGAAGAGACAGCUCUGAAAAGUUUUGAUGCUUGUGGCAAGAGACUUAACAGAUGUGAUCUAUUCAGUAUGUGUCUACUCUAUGUUUAUGCAUAAGAAAACAUCCAUAGCAUGAAUGGACUCAGAAAAAUGUGAUUUGUAUUAAUACACCAGUCAUCAUAAAAGAUGGUCAUUAUAGUACACCCAUUGCUCCUACUUGUUACUGUUAGUGCUGCAGAUCUGCCGCCAAGGUUGAAAAGGAGACUAAGACUGUAUAAACAUCUUCAUUGCCAGUUCUCAAAAUGACUGAAAUGGUUUUCAUGGUAAAAGUUAGUAUACUAAAGGGUUCCUUUUUUUUUAAUGUUUACAUUUAUGUCUGUGUUUACCUUCUUAGUCACAUUGACCUGCUGGCUGAAUACCUCAAAUAGUCCAGUAGGAGGGCAGCCCACCAGGCAGAAAAGGUUAGGCACUUUGGUUUCACAUCUUUGCUGGGGAAUAAUAGGGGAAAUGGCUGUUUUUGCUAAUUUUUACCUAAUAUCUAGCCAGGAGAGCAAGCACAUUGGACAGACUGAAAGACUGUAAUUUUACACAAUACACAUGGCUUAUUUUAUUGGGAUACAGAAAAAUAUAAAUUCUGGACAAAUAAGUCUAUACCUGUUUUCAGUCCUAUCAUUUAAGGAUUCUUGAGUCCCAGUCACAUAACUGUGGUGUUACUCUGUCAUUUAUAUAGUGUCAAAAGCACUUGAUGAGUAAACCCAGUAACAUCUUUUUGAGUGUUUCAUAAUGCAUUUUCCAACUUGAAAACACUCAAUAAUUGAAAAAUAGCCUUAUUGUGUAUUUUAUGCCAUGACUAAAAGUGCCAUUUUUACUGAUGCUAUUAGACUGAUAAUUUCUUGAAGUGAGAUUUAACCUUUUUUUUCUCUUCAGUAUUAUAUUUAUAAUGCCAUAUUUUUAGAAAGCAUUCCAGAUCAGACUUGGUGGCUUACACCUGUAAUCCCAGCACUUUGGAAGGCCGAGGUGUGGGGAUUGCGUGAAGCCACAAGUGUGAGACCAGCCUGGGUAACAAGGCAAGAUCCUCAACUCCACAAAAAAAUAAAAAUUAAAAAAAUUAUUAGGCUGCAGAGGCAAGAGGAUCCCCUGAGCUCAGAAGUUCAAGGGUAUAGUGAGUCAUGAUUAUACCACUGCAUUCCUGUUGGGCAACAGAGUGAGACCCCAUCUCAAAAAAAAAAAAAAGGCAUUCUAGUAAAUCGAAUGUAAUGUGAAUGGAAUUUCAAAACAGGAUCUAAGAUGGUAUGUAGUAGAAUUCCAAGUAAUAUCAAGUAAUAUCAUUUUAAAGUUAAAUAAGUUGAGUGUGUGAAAGGUCUGUUCUGUAGUUUUGUCCAGUUCAGUUUACUGAAGGAAUAUAUUUAAUUAUAUUUAUAUAUUUAACAAAAAUAUGUUGAAUUUUUGUAUUGUUUGCCACUGAAGUUUCAGAUGAUAGACCUCAAAAAUCGAAAAUACUGGUUGAAUUUGUAGCAUCCAUUUAAUUAUUCUUUUUGACCUAAAUAACUUAAUAGUUUAUUAAAUCUAAGGUUAGCUAAAUAUGUGGCUAACCUUAUUUGUUUUCUUUCCUAACAACUCUGAAGAAUACAUAGGACUUUGCCCUUUUUUUUUUUUUUUUUUUUUUUAAGAGACAGAGUUUCGGUCUUGUUGCCCAGGCUGGACUGUAAUGGCGCAAUCUCGGCUCAUUGCAACCUCUGCCUCCCGGGUUCAAGUGAUUCUCCUGCCUCAGCCUCCUGAGUAGCUGGGAUUACAGGCACCUGCCACCACGCCCGCCUAAUUUUUUGUUAUUUUUAGUGGAAACAGGGUUUCACCAUUUUGGCCAGGCUGGUCUUGAACUCCUGACUGACCUCAGGUGAUCCACCCGCCUUGGCCUCCCAAAGUGCUGGAAUUAUAGGUGUGAGCCACCGUGCCGGGCCUGGACUUUGUACUUUUUCAAAUCAUAUUUAAUUAUUUCUUGGUCUUUACUCAAAAGAAUCAUUCUGCGCUAAAUUUGCAACAUUAAACAAUAAUUAAGCCUGGAUCUGAUAAGUUAUUGGGUGACUAGAACCUACAACACAAUUUAUUUUUAAUUUAAACUCUCAAAUCUGAUUAAACUUGGGGGAAAAACUGAACAUUCAGGUGAUAUUUUAAAUUUUCUUUAUGACUAAGUAGAUGUCAAUAAUGUCAUGCUUCAUCUUACCGUGCAUAGAUGACCCAUGGCACACAAAGUAUAUGUAUAAUAUUACAGUAUUAUACUUCCAUCUUUAGAAGUAUGCCAAAGACUUCAUAAUGAAUUCACCAUAUUUAAGGAAUAAGGCAAAUUAAUGUUUUAUCUGAAAUCAAAAUGAGAUUGGAUAAUUCCUGGAAUCUGAUUUCUGUAAGUUUCUGUCCUAAAGGGACCUUAAAUAUCUAUAGAAGUACAGUGUAAUUCUCAGAUUAUAUGACAUUAGUCAACCAAUUUAGUUGUAACACAAAGUGGGAAAGCCUUAGGUGUUGAAGGAGUGUGAAAAUAAAAAUCUCUUUUCAUGCA